AUGAGCACGCUCAGUUCGCAGCACAUUGCCCCCGUGUCGCGGAUAAAACGGAGGAUGAACUGGACGAGUGUGGUCUCCGUUGCGGCGAGGCGUUUCAGCGUUAAACAAGCUGGCUGCCGCGACCGCAAUGCCAUGCGUCUCCUGAUGAAGGAGGCAUAA